AACAGAAGUAAGAGUUUACACAAUCUAUGCCAUGUAAAGCGAGAAAUAACCUAACGUUAUGUUUGUGCCGAUAACUACAGCUCCCAAGAGCCCUUUCGGUAACGCGUCGUCAACUUCUGUCCAAUCAGGAGCUUCGACGGCUUUGCGCCGCAAAAAUACGGAAAAACAAAACUGUCACGUCGUCUCCUCUUUAUAUUUUACUCCCGGUUUAUUGAUGGCUGUUGGCAGCUCGGGAGUUAUUUUGAACACUUUUAUCAAUACUCAAGAAUAAGUAUCCGUGCUAGUUUCUCUUUUCCAAAGGCGUGUUUUCGUACUUGUUGCGGGACUAACUAAUUUUCCCUAAAUUGGCAUAAAAUAGCAUAAAUUUUAAUCUGUGUUCCCGUUGCAAGAACAACAUUAGUUUACACGAGUCAAAGUCGUUUUCGCCAAUGGAUAUCACUCCUAAAUCUGCCAAAUUAAAACCUGGCUGUUCACCUUAUAACUCGCAUGAGACGAGCCCCUAUGAAUACAAAGAGGACCAGCAUCAUCCAAAACUGAGUUCCUCCCUGAAGGAGAGGCUGAAGAGAUCGAGGCGCUCCUUCACCUCACCCCUCUCUGUGGCCAAGCGCCUUUGUGUUGAUGAGCUGGAGGAGGAUGGCCGACGAGUUUCAACAGAUUCCCUGGAGGUCGUUAAUAAUCUUGCCCUCGUCGUGCACGAUGUUGACAUAAACACAAGUGAAGCGGCAAGAUCAGGGAGGGAGAAGUUUCCUGGACCUGUUCCCGAACCAGCACAGUUCCCUUCAGAAGAGUUUGUACAACAGCUCAGGAAGGAGGUUAAAGACAAAACAGAGACUGUGCGGAGACUCAAGAUGGUUAAAAUGUACAGGAGCAAGAAUGACUUAACUCAGCUCCAAACCCUGAUUGACAAGUGGCGAAGUUGUGCCCAGUCCGCGCUGUACGAGCUCCAGUCAAAUGUCCCGGUAGAAGGACAGAAGGCCAACCUGUCUGAGCUCAUAGAUCUCUUUGGUCUGGAGGACGGCAUUCUCCACUACGACCGCACAGAAGAGGACUUCACGACCAAAUAAUACGCUUUGAAACACACACAAUACGUGUCAUGAGUUUACAAAAACACUUCAGAGUGAGAGUCUCAUUACCAGCGUCUCAAAUGAAGUACAAGUUGUAUUUGUUGCUUUAUUUGUUAUACAUUUCAUGUUCAGUUUCACUGCUGAGAGAAGUGCAAAUAAAACGCGUUAUCCGUUG